AUGCGUAGUGUCAAAACAACUGGUGGACUGACAAGAGGUAAAGGUAUGUCUGAGGUACAGAGAUUGCAGUGGUUGAUGUCCAUGCCAGCAUGUGCGAGUGUAAACGCCGCAAUUCAACAGUUUACAGGUACAAGCUUCAGCACCAGUCUUCAACAUAAAGAACAUACUACAGCACGAAGAGAUCGUGACACCAAAGAUACCAACACAAUUUUGUCUUUCCUAUACGAACGAAAUCCAUUUCGUCAAGAUGAAUCUGUAAGGAAUAUUGAAACGGGUGUAACCGCUACGGCAGAAGUAGAUGUCCACCGAACAGAAGCAGUGGGGGAUAAAAUCAAACAAUCUCUUAAUGUGCAAAAUGUGUUCAAGAGACUAAUCACUGCUGCUGACGGAAUGUUUGAUGAUUUAACGGCCAUAUUUUCCUACGAAUCGAGUAGUUUUCCUUCAUCUAUAUUUGACAGUUCUGGUUCUAUGAGAGCAGCUCUGAAACCCCCCCUUGCUGAAGCUAUCUGGUCGCUUGGUGAUUGUUCUGCCCCAAAUCUACCAGAGUCAAAUGAUGUCCGGUAUGUUUUGGAUGGUGGAUCAUUGCUUCAUCGGAUUCCAUGGCCUCGAAGUUGCACUUUCCAGAAAAUUUGCGAGAUGUAUGUUGACUUUGUCAAUCGCAAAUAUGAUAAAGCGGUCAUCGUCUUUGAUGGUUACGCAUCAGGUCCUACCACUAAGGAUGCUGCACAUUUAAGAAGAUCAAGAGUAGUAGUGGGUACCAAGGUUUCGUUUUCUGAGAGUACCCCAUGUUCUUCAAAAAGGGAUCAUUUUUUAUCUAAUGGUGUGAAUAAGCAAGCGUUCAUCGAUCUUCUAUCCAAACAUCUCGAGGAAAAUGGGUGUAAAACUUUUCAUUCAGAUGGAGAUGCUGAUGUUCUUAUUGUUAAAAAUGCAGUACAAUGCUCCAUUGCCUCCCCUACUGUCCUUAUUGGUGACGAUACUGACCUUCUUGUUUUACUUUGCUUCUACGCUGAUUUGGGUGCACAGGAUAUCUUUUUAAAAUCCGAAACAAAAACAACGCAAAUAGUAAAAAUUUGGGACAUCAAAAGGCCAAAAUGUGUCUUGGGACAGGAAGUAUGUGAAUUAUUGCCGUUUUUACAUUCUAUAACUGGUUGCGAUACAACAUCAAGACUAUUUGGCAUUGGAAAGGGUUCUGUUUUAAAGAAGUUGAUAUUUAACAAACAUUUCCGUGAACAAGCUAAGCGUUUUGAUGGUGCAGAAACAAAGUCAGAUGUUAUAACAACUGGAGAACAGAUACUACUCUCUAUUUACAACGGCCAAGAAAUUGAUAAUUUAAACAGUUUACGCCAUCAGAAAUUUCGAACUAAAGUCAAUACCCAUAUUGCAUCCGUGGUCGAAAUACAUUCUCUCCCUCCUACCUCAUCAGCAGCCAAAUUUCACAGCCUGAGAAGUUAUCUUCAAAUCCAGCAAUGGAAAACUGUCGAUAAUGGGAUGAAUCCUAUUGAUUGGGGCUGGCAUCUUUCUGAUAAUAUGUUUGCGCCAACCAUGAUGGACCAGCUCCAGAACAACUUCUGA